AUGGACACAUGGGUAAGGAAAAGAAAGAUGGGAAUGCAGAUGCUGGAUCUCGUCAGAAGUACAAAACAUGGACCGAUGACAGCACCAAGUUCAUGCUUCAGUGGUAUAUUGGCUACAGAUCCGUAUGCUGAUCUUUGGAAGCGUAUUGAGGAUAUACCUUUCCCACCGAGGGACAAGGUUGACAUUGCGACCUACCUUUCAAAGCCGGAGCAGGUUCAUUUGCGGAACUACUUGAAUGCUGCAUCAGACCAGUCAUUUGGAACUUGGGUCACUGAUUACCUAGGUGCCAAGUAUCGUGUUACUGGUGUGGAUGAUGGUGAGUAUGGUAGCUCCAUGUGA